AAAAAACCUACCAAUUGUUAUUCUUAAAAAUUUUCCCAAUUUCCUUAAAAACUUUUCCUUAUAUUUUCCUGAUUUAUUAAAAAAUUACUUAAAAUACAAAAGUGAAAAGGUGAGGGAAAGCGUGAAGAUGUCUCUUAUGUAUUGAAUGUGUGAAGUUGGUGAUUUCCUCUCCAAGUGAUUCAUUUGGUUGAAAGGUGAAUGUGGAAGUUGAGCUGAAAAAGAAAACGUUGAUGAGGAUGAAGUUCUUCCUGUUGCUGUGGCUUGUGGUGAACGUUCAAGGAUUUCGGAUUGCAGAGGAUGUUUUCAGUGAUUUAUUUCCAUUUGAUGUAGAUUAUGAGGAUUGGCUGGAAGAUGAUGCUGUGCGGCAGAAGAGAGAUCCUCUUUCGAUCGUUCUUACUGUGGAGAACGAUAAAUGCGGAAAGGAUGAUCCCACAUAUUUGAGUUUGCCAGAGGGUAAAUUAGAAUCUCCAAAAAAAGGAUCAGAGCUCUUUGUUAAAGCUUGCCCAUGCAAAUCGAAAUCAUCGGCUUCCAAGAAAAGUCCCACUUCAAUGAGAAAACCCCCAAAACCACCAGCACAGCCUCCUAAACAGCCUCCUGUUGUAGAAGGUCCACCAGUAAUGCCCCCUGUGAUAGAAAAACCUCCAGUACACUCAUAUAUCCCAGUAGAUCCUCCGAAACUGCCUACAGAACACGAAGAGCCUUCAAAAGUGGAGCCUCCUAAAGAACCAGAGCCUCCUAAGACAGUACCGGAGAAUCCCUUUGAAUACCUCAAAAAAGAUCCCGAAUAUUCACCUGAACUGAGUGGAAGAUUUUUUGCCGGUGACUCCAUGGAAUACCUCUCGAGUAGCAAGAAAAUCACAUCAAUGGAAUCAGAAGAACUCUUGAAUGGGAAAUACGCAGGAGCAUCGUCUAUUUGGGAUCGCGAAAUAAAACAGAGUCCAAUGGCUACUUAUGCAUCAAUGAAAUGGGAUACGAAUCCCUUUGCACCACCCCCUCAACCAGCUCAACCCACUUCCCCACACUACUUUGUCGAUUAUGUAUCAUCUCAGCAUCACAAGGACCUUCCGUAUGAGGUGCAGUACAAACAACCACCCCCCGAUGUAAUGAAACUCAUUGAUAAGCUCUACUCAACACCGGAACAUACCUGGACUAAAACAGAUCACAAUUUCGGCGAUAAAGAAUUAGAAAUAAUUCACCGGAUAAAUACAGAAUAUGAUUUCAGACAUAGUCAGUCAGAGUAUGAGAGACAGGAACGAACGAGAGAAGCCGUGUUGGACUACAUCAAAUCAAAAUAUUAUCUAAAGAGUCCGACAAAACAAUCAAAGAAACGCAUCUUUGUUGUUCAUAGUAAUUUUUAGGAGAUUAAAAUAAAAUUCAAGUUCAAAAAAUACACGAAAAGAAA